AUGGCAUCAGGGGCCAAAUAUCGGCCGCAAAGAUGGAGGCGCGAGGCUCGGGGACUUGAGGACAGCUUCUCAAAGCUCAAUAUUGAAGGAGAAAGUCAUGCUGAAGCAGAUGCAAAAGCCAGAGCUCGUAGAGAACGGUUCAGUCAACCCGCUAAGAAAGAGGAAUAUGGACUUAUAAGUCGAGGAGAAGAUAAUAGAUUACGAGUAGAUUCCAAAGCUCGAAGAACAUAUUUCUAUCAGACGCAGUUAAGAGCUCUGAAGAUAAUAGCAGCAUCAACAAGUCAAAGACAAUACAUUGAAGACGUUCUCAAGAUUGUGGACCAUGAGGUAUCAGAUAGCUAUCAAGCUGUCGAUACCAACGGCCGGCAUCAAUCAUCGGAUACAGACAGUGAAGACAGUGUUCUAAUGUCACUGCGAAAGUUGCGAGAAGCUCUACUUCCAAUAGAGCCUGACAAGUUCACCAAACAGGUGUUUUUGUUCUCAGUACGAAUGGCCGUGUUGGCUGGUAAAUACCAAGCCUUCAUUCCCAGUGUGCUUUAUAUUUUAGAUGUGAUCCACCCUGUAGUACCGCUUAGUUUCGAUGAAUUCAGACAGGUAGCUCUUUUACAUGUGUACCACACCGCUCACUUCAGCAACGACGUUGGUACCGCCUAUAAGACUCUGUACCAUUAUCUCCCCGAUGACAAACGUGCUUGGACUGUAUUACAAGCCCUAGCAAGUAAUAAUUUUGUCAGCUGGGUCCAACAGAAGCGGACCGAGCCCGACUUAUGGCUCCGUCUCUCACUAGACCAAAACCAUGCGACCAUGGCAAAGAACGCCAUUCCAACCAUUUCCAAGUCGUACAUGAAGCUUCACGAAUCGUCUAUCGAGCGCUUACUGGGCCUCGACUGGAACACACUCACCAGUAACCCAAACAUAGGCUGUGUCUGGCCAAAAGACAGCACCGGCACUGCCACCAUCCGCCAGAGAAAGACGCAAUCGUGA